CUCAGAUCAGCAACAGACUAUAUGCUGGUACAACGCAUUAGUAUACGUACUCAUUCGUCCGGUCCGUCACGAGUAAGAUCCGUUCAAGGUUGCAAUUUGACAGAGCUUGAGAUGAUCUGCAGAGAAGAAUAGGAGAAACUUCCCAAAUACAGGUGUGUCAAGGCUGUAAUCACUGCCAAAGGUGCUUCAACAAAGUACUGAGUAAAAAUAUGGAAGAGGACAGUCCGGAAGAGUUUCUUGCAGAGUUCAAGGAGAAACAUCUAGGUGCUUGGGGAAUUGUCCAGAUAACUGCUGGCACAGGGCUAGCUGUCUAUGCCAUGUGGGCAGGGGUUCUCAUGCCAGGAUUUCGAAAAGUCCCUCUGAGGUUACAGGUGCCCUAUCUCCCCGCCAGCAAGAAACAAGUGCGGAAUGUGAUGGCACUGCUGAGUGGUCGACAUGGUAACCUUGUGGACUUGGGCUCCGGUGAUGGCAGGAUUGUGCUGGAAGCACACAAACACGGCUUUGGUCCCACAGUAGGAUACGAACUCAACCCCUGGUUAGUUCGUCUAGCUAACUUCCACGCAUGGAGAGCAGGCCAUUAUGGGAAGGUGUCGUAUCGGCAGGAAGACCUCUGGAAGGUGGACCUUACUGAGUGUAAGAAUGUUACUGUGUUUUUGGCCCCCAGCGUGCUCUCUUUACUGCAGGAGAAGAUGGAGGCUGAGCUUCCAGAUGACGCCCUGGUAGUAGCCGGUAGGUUUCCCUUCACUGAGUGGACUCCAUGCAGGAUUGAAGGAGAUGGUGUAGACAGAGCUUGGGCCUAUACCAUGCAGGCCCAAAGACUGCCAGCAGGGAGUGCUAUGCUACCUGUACCUAAAGAGUUGAAAUCACCAGUUUGAACUGAAAGUGAGAGAACCAAGUAACUGAUUGGACCAGGAAGACAUGAGCAUGAGACAUAAGCAUGAGAGUUUGUAUGAUGGAAGAAACCAUUGGGAGUCUGAGGAGAAGGGACAAACCAUUUUCAUCUACAUGGGUUGACACAAGUAGCUGACUGAGACCCACUCCUCAGUGUUGAGUUGGUAGUUAGGGGCCUUUUCUGGAUUUUCUCAAUUCCUUGCCUCUGUUCUCUCCUCGCCUUCUGAAAACAACAGCUGUUUCAAAGGGUGUGUGGUUGAUUUCAAAACUCUUCGUGGUAGGAAUUGAGAAAAGACCAGGGAGUGAGAUGCCGUCUGAGUAUAUGAACCUGUCAACAGAUAAACUACCAAGCACAUGGUACAAUCCAGACAUCUUUAAAAACCAUACCUUUUCCACAUUUUGUUACGUUACAGCCUUAUUCUAAAAUGGAUGAAAUAAAAACAUGUCCUCCUCAAACUACACACAGUACCCCAUAAAGAAAAAGCAAAAACAGGUUUUAGAAAUUUUAGCAAAUGUAUUCAAAAUAAAAACCAGAUACCUUAUCAACAUAAGUAUUCAGUCCCUUUGCUAGGAAACUUUAAAUUGAGCUCAGGUGCAUCUUGUGUCCAUUGAUCAUCCCUGAGAUGUUUCUACAUCUUGAUUGGAGUCUACCUGUGGCAAAUUAAAUGGAUUGAAUAUGAUUUGGAAAGGUACACACCUGUCAAUGAACUCAGCAAAAAAAUAAACAUCCUCUCACGGUCAACUGCGUUUAUUUUCAGCAAACUUAACAUGUGUAUGUGUAAAUAUUUGUAUGAACAUAACAAUAUUCAACAACUGAGACAUAAACUGAACAAGUUCCACAGACAUGUGACUAACAUAAAUGGAAUAAUGUGUCCCUGGGGUCAAAAUCAAAAGUCAAUAUCUGGUGUGGCCACCAGCUGCAUUAAGUGCUGCAGUGCAUCUCCUCAAGGACUGCACCAGAUAUGCCAGUUAUUGCUGUGAGAUGUUACCUCACUCUUCCACUAAGGCACCUGCAAGUUCCCGGACAUUUCUGGGGGGAAUGGCCCUAGCCCUCACUCUCCGAUCCAACAGAGCCCAGACGUGCUCAAUGAGAUUGAGAUCCGGGCUCUUCGCUGGCCAUGGCAGAACACUGACAUUCCUGUCUUGUAGGAAAUCACACACAGAACGAGCAGUAUGGCUGGUGGCAUUGUCAUGCUGGAGGGUCAUGUCAGGAUGAGCCUGCAGGAAGGGUACCACAUGAGGGAGGAGGAUGUCUUCCCUGUAACGCACAGCGUGGAGAUUGCCUGCAAUGAAAACAAGCUCAAUCCGACGAUGCUGUGACACACCGCCCCAGACCAUGACGGACCCUCCGGACCCUCCUGGCACCAUCCCUGAAGCAUGGAGCAUGGUGAUGGUGAUGGCAGAAUCAUGCUGUGGUUUUCAGCGACUGUGAUAGUAGUCUGGACCAAGGGGAAAGAUGAACGGAGCAAAGUACAGAAAUCCUUGAUGAAAAUCUGCUCAGGACCUCAGACUGGGGCGAAGGUUCACCUUCCAAAAGAACAACGACCAGCCAAGACAACGCAGGAGUGGCUUUGGGACAAGUCUGAAUGUCCAUGAGUGGCCCAUCCAGAGCCCAGACUUGAACCCGAUUGAACAUUUCUGGAGAGACCUGAAAAUAGCUGUGCAGCGACGCUCCCCAUCCAACCUGACAGAGCUUGAGAGGAUCUGCAGAGAAGAAUGGGAUAAACUCCCCAAAUACAGGUGUGCCAAGCUUGUAGCGUCAUACCCAAGAAGACUCAAGGCUGUAAUCUCUGCCAAAGGUGCUUCAACAAAGUACUGAGUAAAGGGUCUGAAUACUUAUGUAUAUGUCAUAUUUCAGUUUUUUAUUUUUAAUACAUUUACAAAACAUUCUAAACCUGUUUUAGCUUUGUAUGGUAUUGUGUGUAGAUUGAGGAGAAAAAAACAUGUAAUACAUUUUCUAAUAAGGCUGUCAUGUAACAACAAUGUAAAAAGUCAAGGGGUCUGAAUACUUUCCGAAUGCACUGUAUAUCAUGGUCAUGAAGGCGUAUGAAGUAACAAGUUAUGGAGCAAACACAUAGGUUGUAAUAUACGUAGGUUGUAAUAUGUAUGCACACAGGUGCUAGCACAAGCGCUCUACACACAUGUACAUUGUAAUAUUGUUGUAUGGUGGUAUUAUACAUUUUGUAUUGUAGAUAUGUACUGGUGUAAUAAUGUUAUGAUGUACUGUUUCAUAUUUUGUUUUAUGUGUAUUGAAAUUUCCUUAAUAUGUUUGGACCUCAGAAAGAGUAGCUGCUGCCUUGGCAAUUUCUCAUGGGGAUCGCUAAUAAAUACAAAUACUAAAA